CUGCAAUCAGGAAUCCCGAUUUAGGGUUUCUUCCUGAUUCUGAAGAACUUCCUGCUGUUGUUGUUGUUGUUGUUGGGCUCUGAGAAGGAAUGGCUUGAACCCGAUUUCCAGAGUUAGGUAUCCAAAUGCCAAUGACCCGAUUACCACUAACCCGGAUCUUAUCCAGUUCAGCUUCGUUGCUCUGUCCAUCUUCCCCUCUCGGUGUUCUACUGUUCUGCUCUCUCUUCACGCCCUUGAUGCGGCGGCCAUGACCUGCUCAAUACAAUUUAAAAAAUAUUCAUAAAAAAUUUAAGAUUGAAACGACGGCGUUUUCCCCCCGAUAUGCCGAUAUAUUGUCCUACACUCCUACCCAAAAACCAUCUCCCCGAGAAUCUUCCAUUUCUGCCACCUCAUGUUGGCAUGAAUCGGUUCCCUUCCCUGAAUACAGCAAAAACUUGUACUUUAGCUUCCUCGGCUGUUCUAAGGAGACAGCAGUUCUUGAUAAGGGCUCUUCUUGGAGGUCAUAGAGAUCACACCCAUCAGAAAAUAAGAAUGCAAGGACUAAGCUCUGCGACUGGAACUAAUUCAGAUGUUGAUUCUGAGAGCAUAUUAAGAGCAAUCACUCCUGUUCUCGAUCAAAGUAGACAUAAGGGUCAGGCAGGGAAGGUAGCUGUUAUUGGCGGGUGUCGAGAGUACACGGGUGCUCCAUAUUUUGCUGCCAUUUCGGCUUUGAAAAUUGGAGCAGAUUUGUCCCAUGUUUUCUGCACAAAAGAUGCUGCUCCGGUUAUAAAAAGCUAUAGCCCUGAACUUAUUGUGCAUCCUAUUUUGGAAGAAUCAUACAGUAUAAGUACUUUUGAGGAGAAAGACAGGAGGCAUCUAUUGGCAGAAGUUAUCGGUGAAGUUGAUAAAUGGAUGGAGAGAUUUGAUUGCCUUAUUGUUGGUCCUGGACUUGGCAGGGACCCAUUUCUUCUGGACUGUGUGAGUGAAAUUAUGAAGCAUGCAAGGCAAUCGAAUGUUCCAAUUGUUGUAGAUGGGGAUGGGCUAUUUCUUGUUACAAAUAAUGUUGAUCUCAUUCGUGGCUAUCCCUUGGCAGUCUUGACGCCAAACGUUAAUGAAUACAAGCGCCUGGUUCAGAAAGUACUGAGUUGUGAAGUAGAUGAUCAAGAUGCCCAGGAGCAAUUACUGGGUCUCGCGAAGCAGCUUGGAGGGGUAACUAUCUUACGUAAAGGAAAAUCUGACCUCAUUAGUGAUGGCGAGAUAGUCAAAUCUGUGAGCAUCUAUGGAUCUCCUAGACGCUGUGGUGGCCAGGGUGAUAUACUUUCUGGAAGUGUUGCUGUAUUUGUAUCUUGGGCCCGUCAACAUGCCAUUGCUGAAGGAAAUUUGGAUAUCAGCCCAAAGAAUCCAACUGUGAUGGGGUGCAUUGCUGGAUCUGCUUUACUGAGAAAGGCAGCAUCACUUGCUUUCGCGAGUAAGAAAAGAUCGACUCUCACUGGUGAUAUAAUCGAGUUCUUGGGAAGAAGUUUGGAGGAUGUAUGUCCGGCUGUUUGACGAAUAUCAUGCUGUUGAUAUUCUUGUGAAUCUAUCUAUAUAAACAGGGCUUAGAUUCUUCCAUCAACCCUAACAGCCUUUGAUUUUGUUUGUUUCAAACUCUGGUCUUUGUAUGUUUUUGCAAUUCUGAGAAACAUUUUGUAUAGCAAUAUGAGUUAUCAUAUAAGGUUGGGAGCUUAUACUCAAUCAAACUGCAAACGAUCUCAAUUACCAUUUCUAUGGCAAACAUAGCUUACAUGGUUUCGUUGUGCUA